UGUUUCCUUCUUUUUUUAACCCUUUUUCUCCUCCAUCGCCCUUUUCCUUUUCUCCUUCAUCCCCAAAUCCUUCUCCCACUAGGGUUUCCAAUUGACGCGGAAAAAUCUAGGGUUUUUGAUUUAAGGCAACAUCAAUUCUCUUCUGCCCUCUAUCUCCCUUUCUUAUGAAAUUUAGCGAUGAUGAGCGCCGAUGCAGCGGGCAAUCCUCAAGGCACGAUGCUGUUCGAUUCCGAUGGAGCGAUCAACGAUGAUGACUAUCUCAAUGAUUUCUCGAUGGAUAUUGGGGACGUUUUUGCGAUUCUUGAUGAGGAUCCUCAGCAACCUAAUCUCAACGUGACAGCUGAAGGUUUCCAACAUGGUGAGUUAGCUCCCAGUCAGUUUGACCAUGAACAGAAAUCUCAAGCAGAAUCAACAACAGGUCUGACAGAAUUCAGAGAAAGAGAUUACUUUCAAUGGAGUUUGGAGGACGCGGGCUCUCAAAGAAGCAUGGGGUUUGAUAUCCAUAAUGAAUCUGAACGAGAUCUAAACGGCGUUAAUGUUAAAGGAGGCCUUCAUGCUUUGUCACGUUUUGACCAAAAUAGUUUUUUUCCUGUACCUCAACAGAACUCAUCAUAUGUGUUAAGGUCAUUAUCUCCAUACAGUGAUUAUCCAAGGACUGCAUUUGGAGGUUCUUCAGGGAGCUCUUUGACUUUUAACUCUGAUCAGAGACAACUGCAAACAAAUAUGCAGGAACGUAGUGUCCAAGGUGAAGGUUUAAGAGGAGAAGGUUAUGUUUCCUUUCCAGUUGCUGCUGGUAAUGGAUUUUAUUUCACUAGUGAGGACAAAGUAAAUGGGCAUUAUGAUCAUGGAAUUUCAUCCCCCACAGAGUAUGGAGACUCUAAGCUGAAUGAAAACCUUAUUUCCUCUAUUAGUCAGCUGCAAAAUGGAGAACAAGGUUCGUCACAUUUUUUGUCUAUGGAGAACUACAAUUUCAAUGGUGAAAUACAAAACAGUUCCAGCGCUUUUCCGGACUCAAGAGUAGAGGAUGGAAAUAUGUACUCAUCGUCAGUUCGCUCAUAUAGGAAUUCUGAUACAGCGGUGCCAGAUUCAGUUCAGCCGGAGGCAGACAUUUUUGAAGCAAGCAAUGCCACCUGUGAUGGUAGCAAUAGCUGUCUAACAUUACCCAGAGACUCUGUGUCUGAUCCUGAAAUUGGCUUAUCUCAAACGGUUACAGUUCAGUAUCAACAUGAUAAUAGCGACAAGCUAAACAUAAGGGAGAAUCAUCUGCUUCCACCUCAUUCUCAUGGGACAUUUGAGGAAAAACUGAACAGGAAAGAAGAAUCCCCUGAUAGCUCCUUGCAAGAUGUCUCUAUCUCAGAUUUGGAUGCACCUUUAUCAGAUGAUUUCUGCCCUGAGUACCAUUCUGAUGAUACGAGUUUAAUGAGUGAAUCUAGUACAGAUUCUUCGCCAAUACCCUCUAACAAAAACUUAACCUUUUAUUCUGUUGAUAGAGGUGUGAGUAAUGCAUCAAAGAAUUUGGUGUCUGAUUCUGCUACAACUUGGCAAAGUAGACCAAAAUCAACCUUUAAGAACGAACAGGGAGAUCACUUACUUCAACCUCAUAUGCAGGACGAUGUUCUCAAAGAUAGUUUUAGUUCAGUGCAAAAGAAUCCCUCAAAGAGCACCAUAAUUGUGGAGGAUGAUACUGACAUAUGUAUUCUUGAUGAUAUCAGUGAUCCUGUCUGUCCACCCCGACCCCUGGUGCCAUUUCGUGCGAAGCCGCAUGCUGUGCCACAGCGUCCUGAAUUUAGUGAUAUUCAUUACCAUGGAAUGGGAGCCAUGGGAUUUAGGUCAGAUGAGAGAUUAACCUUUCGAUUAGCUUUGCAGGAUCUUUCACAGCCAAAAUCUGAAGCUAGCCCUCCUGAUGGUGUUCUAGCUGUUCCUCUUUUGAGACAUCAGCGAAUAGCUUUGUCAUGGAUGGUGCAAAAGGAAACUGCCAGCUUACACUGCUCUGGAGGGAUUCUUGCUGAUGAUCAGGGAUUGGGUAAAACAGUAUCAACUAUAGCUCUCAUCUUGAAGGAGAGAUCUCCAUCAACCACGUCUACUGUGGUAAAGAAAGAAAAUGAGUUUGAAGCACUGAAUUUGGACGACGACGACGAUGAUGCUGAGCUCAGUCUGGUGAAGCGGCCAUGUAGUUCUGUUCCUAUGGUGACGGGUAAGAUGGUGAAGAAGGAGAACUCUAUUAUGGUGGUAAAGGGAAGACCAGCAGCUGGAACUUUGGUAGUUUGCCCUACUAGUGUUCUUCGCCAAUGGGCUGAUGAGUUGAAGACGAAAGUUACUAGUAAAGCUAACUUAUCAUUUUUAGUGUAUCAUGGAAGUAAUCGUACAAAGGAUCCCAAUGAGCUUGCCAAGUAUGAUGUCGUACUCACAACUUAUGCUAUUGUAAGCAUGGAGGUUCCAAAACAACCACUUGUUGAUAAAGAUGAUGAGGAGAAAGGAAAGCAGGAUACAUUUGGUGUGUCCAGUGGACUUUUAGAUAGUAAAAAGAGAAAAGAUCCUCCAACAUCCAAUGCAAAAAAUCGGAAGGGUAGGAGCACAGUGGAUGGUGCAUUGCUUGAAUCUACUGCUCGGCCUCUUGGCAGAGUUGGAUGGUUUCGUGUAAUACUGGAUGAAGCUCAAAGUAUUAAAAAUUAUAGAACUCAAGUUGCCAGAGCAUGUUGGGGUCUACGUGCCAAAAGAAGAUGGUGCCUGUCUGGUACACCCAUCCAGAAUGCAGUUGAUGAUCUUUAUAGCUAUUUCAGAUUUCUCAGAUAUGAUCCAUAUGGUGUGUACAAGUCUUUCUGCUCGACAAUUAAGAUGCCAAUCAGUAGAAAUCCAACCAACGGAUACAAAAAGCUUCAAGCUGUUUUGAAAACGAUAAUGCUACGCCGCACAAAAGGCACUGUACUUGAUGGUAAGCCAAUAAUUUCAUUGCCAUCAAAGACAGUAUCGCUAAAGAAGGUUGAUUUCUCGAUGGAGGAACGAUCAUUUUAUUCAAUGUUGGAAGCUGAAUCUCGAGAACAGUUCAGGGAAUAUGAAGAUGCUGGGACUGUCAAACAGAACUAUGUUAAUAUCUUACUGAUGCUCUUACGGCUUCGGCAGGCUUGUGAUCAUCCUCUUCUAGUAAAAGGAUGCGACUCAAAUUCUAGUCAGAAGUCAUCUAUGGAGAUGGCAAAGAAACUCCCUAAAGAUAAAAAAAUUGAACUUCUGAGCUGUUUGGAAAUCACUUUGGCAAUUUGUACAAUCUGUAAUGAUCCUCCUGAGGAUGCUGUUGUUACGAUCUGUGGACAUGUAUUCUGCAAUCAGUGUAUUUGCGAGCAUCUUACAACAGACGAAAACAUCUGUCCUUCACCUAAUUGCAAAGUUCAACUUCGCGCUGCUUCAGUAUUUUCCAAGGGCACGUUAAAAAGUUCUCUAUCUGAUGAACUUGAUUAUGAUACUUGCUCUUAUAGUUCUUGUUUUGAAAUAGGCGAUAAGCAAAACAAGUUUGAGGAUAGUUGGUCCACCUAUUCUUCUAAGAUAAAAGCAGCUCUUGAGAUUUUGCAAUCAUUGCCUAGAUCUCAACUGUCCUCGGGAACUAACAUUGAGAAACCUGAUGAUGAAUCCUCUAAUUCUUCAGUAAAUGCAGCAAAUUUUGUUUCAGCGAGAUCUUCACCGGAUUCAAGUGUAGGAAUUAAAAACUUACAGAGGUAUUCAAAUAGAGAAGUGUCGGAAAAAGCUAUCAUCUUUUCCCAGUGGACUAGGAUGCUGGAUUUGUUGGAGGGCCCACUGAAGGACUCCUGCAUACAGUACAGGAGGCUUGAUGGCACAAUGUCUGUUGCUGCUAGGGAGAAAGCCAUAAAAGAUUUUAUCACCCUUCCAGAGGUUACUGUCAUAAUUAUGUCUCUCAAAGCUGCAAGUCUUGGGCUGAACCUGGUAGCUGCUAACCAUGUUCUUCUUCUUGACCUGUGGUGGAAUCCUACAACUGAGGAUCAGGCUAUUGAUAGAGCACAUCGAAUUGGCCAGACACGUCCUGUAACUGUUUUUCGGUUAACAAUCAAAGACACAGUUGAGGAUAAAAUACUGAGUCUUCAGGAAAAAAAGAGGGAGAUGGUUGCUUCUGCCUUUGGAGAGGAUGAAUCAGGGUCGCGCCAGUCUCGGCUUACAGUGGAGGACCUCAGAUACCUAUUUAUGUCAUAGUUUCAUCUGACCAUUCUUCCCAAUUUUGAUAUCCUUAACCACCUCAGCUGUGGCUAUGAUGUUGAUGUUUUUCAGUCACGGCCAGUUCUAAUAGAUGCUUAGGUGAGAUUUGAAAGUUCUUGGACUGGUUCCUUUCCCUUGUACAAAAUAAUUGCACUGGGUAUUUUCUUGAUCCAAUUACCUGACAGAAGGAGGUACAGAUCGUCUGCUAACAUACAUUUAGCUGGAAGGGUUACUAACAAGGAGGUCAUUUGUGAAUAGUCCUUGAAGAAACAUUACAGUAAUUUUGGUGGGAGACAAUCUAUUUUUUGUUAUUUUUUGUUCCGGGUUUAGAGCUAUGUGCACAGGAAAGGAGGGAUAAAAUUUUACUGGAUUUGAUUGGACAUUUGCCAUGUUAUUAUCUGCAUCCCAAAUAAUAUCAAAUCAAUUUGUGAAUCCAA